GACUAUAGGUGACACUUGCAUCAGAUGGUGCAGAUUGUGCAGAUGUAAUUCGUACUGAGAGCAAAAGCCGGCGAACGAUUCUAGCUUUUGUCUUUACAUAGUUAUUAUAGAAAGAAUAUUAAUUAAAUUGUAACUAUGACGGCAUUUGAGGAAAUGGGCGUUUUGCCUGAAAUUGCAAAGGCAGUUGAUGAAAUGGAGUGGACAUUACCAACCGAUGUCCAAGCUGAAGCUAUUCCACUAAUUUUGGGUGGUGGAGAUGUAUUGAUGGCUGCAGAGACUGGUAGUGGAAAAACUGGUGCUUUCUGUUUGCCAGUUAUCCAAAUUGUAUGGGAAACUCUAAAAGAUAUAGAAACUGGCAAAACAUCUAGUAGUAAAACGUCUGGUUCUGCAGGACAUCAGCAUUCUACGCAUUGGGCACUGAGUUUAUUUGAUAGAGGCAGAGCUUUAGCUGUUACUCCAGAUGGUUUAAGAUGCCAAAGUCGUGAGCAGAAAGAAUGGCACGGUUGUAGAGCCAACAGAGGUGUACAAGGAAAAGAAAAAUUUUUCUUUGAGGCUACAGUAACCGAUGAAGGUUUAUGCCGUGUAGGCUGGUCUACGGCUCAAGCUUCAUUGGAUUUGGGAACAGAUAAAUUUGGGUUUGGUUUUGGUGGUACUGGUAAAAAGUCAAAUGCAAAACAGUUUGACAAUUAUGGAGAAGCUUUUGGAAUGCAUGAUGUAAUUGGAUGUUAUUUGGAUUUAUCUAAGGGUGAAAUCAAAUUUUCAAAGAAUGGUGUAGAUCUUGGUGCAGCAUUCACUUUGAAUGCUCAACAAAAGUCACAAAUCUAUUUCCCAGCUGUUGUGCUAAAAAAUGCUGAAAUGUCCUUCAAUUUUGGAGCACAACCAUUUAAAUACCCACCUCCAAAUGACUACAUACCUGUUGCUUCUGCCCCUAAAGAAUGCGUAAGGGAGAAUUCUGUAAAUAGUAGCCAGUCUCAAAGCAAAGAAGAUAGCAAACCAAAAUGUAAUGCUCCCCAAGCUAUAAUCAUAGAACCAUCACGAGAACUUGCUGAACAAACAUACAAUCAAAUUCAGAAAUUCAAAAAACACCUAUCAGAUCCUACCAUUAAAGAGUUAUUAGUUAUUGGAGGAGUUAGUGUAAAAGAACAGAUUUCUGUACUAAAUUCUGGUGUGGACAUAGUGGUUGGAACACCUGGACGCUUAGAAGAUCUAAUACAGGGAGGCUACUUAUCCUUAACACAUUGCAGAUUCUUUAUUUUGGAUGAAGCUGAUGGUUUACUGAAACAAGGAUAUACCGAACUGAUCGACCGUUUACAUAAACAAAUACCAAAAAUUACGUCUGAUGGAAAACGAUUACAAAUGAUCGUGUGUUCGGCAACGUUGCAUUCUUUCGAAGUCAAAAAGAUGGCAGAUCGUUUGAUGCAUUUUCCAACAUGGGUAGACUUAAAAGGUGAAGAUGCUGUACCAGAAACUGUGCAUCAUGUUGUUGUAAUGGUAGAUCCGCAGAAAGAUAAAUCUUGGUAUAAUUUACGAAGACACAUAGAAACGGAUACUAUACAUCAACGAGAUAAUGUAAGACCUGGAAGCAAUGAUCCUGAGACGCUAUCAGAGGCUGUGAAAAUACUAAAAGGGGAAUACUGUAUACGUGCCAUCAAAGAACACAACAUGGAUAGAGCUAUCAUUUUUUGUAGAACCAAGUUGGACUGUGAUAAUUUAGAACGUUAUUUGAAACAAGUUGGCGGAAAUCAAUUUUCCUGCGUAUGCUUACACGGAGAUAGAAAACCUCCUGAACGUAAAUCUAAUUUGGAGAAGUUUAAAAGACAAGAAGUCAAAUUCUUGAUCUGUACCGACGUUGCAGCUAGAGGUCUAGAUAUUUCAGGAUUACCUUUCAUGAUUAAUAUAACUUUACCCGAUGAAAAAUCGAAUUACGUACAUCGUAUAGGAAGAGUUGGUAGAGCCGAACGAAUGGGUUUGGCUAUUUCAUUAGUCAGCAAAGUACCAGAGAAAGUAUGGUACCACGGUGAGUGGUGUCCUUCUCGCGGAAGAAACUGCCACAACACCAAUCUCACCGACAGAGGUGGUUGUUGUAUAUGGUACAAUGAACCAAAUUAUUUAGCUGAAAUUGAGGAUCAUCUAAAUAUCACAAUCCAACAAGUUGAAUCGGAUAUGAAAGUUCCGAUGAAUGAUUUUGACGGGAAAGUUGUGUACGGUGAAAGAAAAACAAAUAUGGGUUCAAAUUAUAAAAAUCAUGUUGAACAAAUGUCACCUUACGUAGCUGGAUUAUCUGCUUUAGAAUCAAAAGCACAACUAUUAUAUUUAAAAAGGCACAUGGCUAAAGUGAACUAAAAUCCUUUCAAAUUGACACGUAUCUGCUAUAAUAUUAUGCAAAUUAUUUAAUUUUCAAGUAUGGAAUUUUAGUAUGUUACUUAUAGUGUUCUAAUUACUUUACAUCCACGAAUACGGUGUAUUAUAAUCUUCGAAUGUAAUAUAUGAAUUUGUUACAACUAAUAUAAAGUUUCGAUUCACACGUAAAAAGGAGUAUUUUUUACAAAUUAAUUCAUACUGAAAUGUUUUUGGUUGACUCAUUUAAGAAAAAAAAAAGUUAAAACAAAUUAAUUCGCGUAAUACAAUUUUAUAUGUGUAUAUAAGACAUACGGUAAGUGUUUAUUGUAUUCUUUAUAAUUUUCAUAAUUGUACCAUCGCUAUUUUAGUUACACAAAUGUAUAAUACAGUGACUUUGCAGUGUUUGGUUUUUGUUAACCUUCGCAAUAUUCUUUGUGAUUCAUGUAAUACGUGUGCACGAGGGUCACACGUACGAUUUUAGUUAUUUUUUUGUUCGAAUAGUAUAAUCAUAUAUCAUCGUACUCUUAGAAUUUACUAAAUGACUUCUGUUUAAUUACACAUAAUAAUUUUAUACACAUUUCUCGAAAUCAAUGGUAAACGACUAAAGUUACACAGUAUACAAAUCAUACUGUUUGCUUUUUUGUAUUCGGGUACAGCAUACAUGUGUUCUCUUUCGAUCUCCCUAUCAAACAGUGUGCACGAUUGAUUCACGCGUUUAUGAAUGAAUUUUAUUCCCAUGCUUUCAAGUUGUUUUUCAUUUCAUUGACGCAGUUGAUACAACGUACAGUCGAAUCAUUUACACGCUAAUUUAAUUGAUUAAUCAGCAUAGAUUCAUGAAAACAUUUCCUUCGGACAAUCAUCACAGAAUGAGAAUGAAAUAUCUUUUUCUGUUUCUUGUAAUCUAAAAACACAUUUACAGUCGCUCGUAUCAUUCUCUCUUUCUCAACGGCACGCUCGUUCACACACGCUCAGAAAAUUUCACUCCAUCGCGUUAACUCGGUGAAUUAUAUUCAUAUAAUAUAUACAGAGUGUCUUUUAAAAAAGAUACACAUCGUGGAAAUUGAAAAUUAUUUACGAGGACAGAAAUCGGAAAAACCUUUACCACGCGAACAGUUGCGAAGUCUUAAAAUUUAAACAGAACACCCCGGAAGUGGAGCAUCUAAUGUUAGAUCGUUUACCUCGUGAACGAAAGUUCCUAUUACAGAACGGUAAAGAACUUAUCGAUUCCCUCUUUCGCGAUAGUUUUUACAAUUUUCAUGGCGUAUAUCUUCUUUUGAGUCAACCUGUAUAACGUAUAUAUUUAUUUACGUACUUACAUGUAUAUCAGUUUAUCGUAUAUACUACACGUCCACCCCACGAUUUUUACUUAAAUAGCUUGGACAACUAAACGACCCAGGUGAUCAAUACCCCUUCGCGUAUUUCAUAUAGUAACCAUUAAUUUUUUUUUUUUCGUUUGAUUGCAUUGUACGCAAUAAUGUGUGUAUAUGUAUGUAUAUGUACGCGUGUUCGUGUUUGUUUGUUUCGUCUUAAAUUGUGCAGUUUGAUCAUGAAUGCUUAAAAAAAGAAAAGAAUCUCUCGCGUAAAAACACGCGGGAUCAUUCGACAAAUCAUGGGGUGGACAACAUUCAAUUUUCAAUUUUCCUAACGAAUUUUUCUUCUUUUCUUAUUUAUUCAUUUACAUCGUGUAUAGUUUCAUUUUUAUUUGUUUCACGCAUUCGCUUGUAUAAUCAGCGCAAUAUCGAAUGUUACAAUUGUUCAACGAUUCCUUAUCAUUUUUACGUCUGUUUAAGUCUUCGGCUAAACGUUACUUCUAACAAGAAAGACACGCAACAACGAAUUCUUUUAAGAAUUAAGGGAGAAAAACACGGAUGUAUAGAGAGAGGGGUAAUGACGAUGGAUCUGGAGGGACAUUACUUAUCGACGAGCUCCGCUAACUCUUUCUUUCUCUCUCACUUUUUAAUUUCAUUUUCUCUAUCGCGUGGAUACAUAUUCACGAACAAUCAAGUGAUCCUCUCGUCGUUCUUCUUUUCGUCGCUAGGAUCAAUCAACUUCUUCGCUAUUAAAAUACAUUCGUCGAUUUCCAAACCUGGAAAUUAUCAUGCAACGAACGUUCGUCAUCGUUUCCGUUCUGACAACCUGUCCAGCACAGGGCUCCCUCACGAAUCGUCCCAUUCAUUUUAUAGCUUUCCUUUGAUCCUCAGUUUUCGGAACUUAAAAAUUUGCCACGUCCCCGAAUUGCUAAAUUUACAGAUUCGUAUCCACGGUUAUUGAUUUACCAGCUGAUUUAGACAGGCCUGUGCAUCAGCUUCUCUCGUUCUCGGAAGUUUCUUCUCGAUCCUAGCGAACAAGAUCCGAAGACUAGAAAAAAGAAACGUUCGAUUCGGGAUAAUCAUGGAUCAACGAUCGAUCACCGCACACAUAUGUAUAUUUACAUAGAAAUUACUUCGAAUAGAAUACGUGUGGCAAGAGCCCAUGUUUAGCUCCUCUUCUUUCCCUCUAUUUUUAUGUACUUAAAGAAUAGGACAGUUUGAGGCGCUCGAGGCACAAGUAGCUUCUUUCUCUUGUUCUAUCAUAUUUCAUCUAAUUCGACAGGAAAAGUAAGUGGUCUUACAUUGAGGCAGUCGUUCGAUGGAACCAAAUAAGAAAUUAUCGUGAAUCAGGCGUUUCGUCAACGUAAGAUCACUCUCGCUAUUUGCUACAAUUUUUAGUUUCUCUAUGAGUUGAAGUAAUCCUGAUUUUCUUGAGUGUUUUAAUCAAUCGCGAGGAACGAACAAAACGUGGUUUGUUGACAAGUUAUAGAAAGGCACGAUCCACAAUCGGGAACCAUGAUACACAACGGUUGUAGAUGUUAUCAGAUAGAAGAUAAUUCUUUUUUCCGUUACCUAUUCGUAAACUCGAAAAGGCUCGUAAAAGUAAUUCGAUGCAUCAUGAGAUGGAUAUAUUAGAUUGUUGCAGAUGAAAUGGCUGAUUUAUCCACAAAAUAUCGUAUUAAUUAGAAUUAGCUUUCAGUGCAGAACAUUCUAAUUAAAACCUGUCAAGGGGCAGUACAAAAAUUUCACUUUGAUCCAUGAUUCGCUACAAUAGACAAUUAACCGUUUUGUAUCGAGAAUAUUAAUGAGGCGUGUAUACAGUUAUUCACUUCGAUCGUUAAGCUUUAAAUUGAUGUUGCACAAGUGGUAUUUUACGAUGAUUUUCUGUCGCGAAAUCGUGUCAGACUCAUUUGACACGCAACAACCUGAUACUAUGUUUCUUUUACAUUUUAUCUUCGGUAGGAUCGUACACGUUUACGCGAUCGUUCAAUUAAAGGCUCGUUAAUCACGAACGCAACGCGUUUGUGUCUUUCGAGAGAAACAGACUGGUUUACCAUCGAGGAUAUCGCACAGCGAAAAGAUGUCUCGUAAACGACAAUUUCCUGUAAAAUUGAUCAACGACGCGUUUCCCUUUGGUCAUGGAAUUAAUUCGCUAAGAAAUAAAAAAUACGCACCUGAGCGUCUACGUAUGCGUACGAAAAACGCAUCGACAUUUAUUAGAACGUUAAUCGUGAUAUCAAUUGAUCCUGUUCACUGAUUCAUCGAUUCAAUAAUAGUCGUUUAAAUAAAUUACAUCGAUCUAAAUUGCACAGAAUUUCUUCUCCCUGGAAAUAGCUUUUCUCUUUUAACAAUGAUUACAGAAGUAAUCGCUGAUCACAAUAAUAAUGACAACGUUUAACCUGUCAACCGAGGAUGACGUGUUAACGCGCUCUGUUUCGCGUGAAACUUUGAAACCACGUAUACGCUUUCGGAGAAUGAUUCCUCGCAGUGGACGCACGAACGUAUCUGUACAAAUGCUUUCGAAUCGUCGGUAACGGAGAGUGUGCUUAAUCGUCUUCAAAGAGGAUGCUCGAGCGUAAUAGGAAAUGUCGUAUAUACGUUAAAAAUAUAUUAUUCGAUUCGAAUUAUCGAUUGAACGGGUUUCAGAGACUAAUUUUCGUCAAUGCACCGUUGUAUACGUCUGAGUCGUGAUUAACCCUGUGCCAUUCGAGGGUUAAUUGAAAUGACCCAGAGAACGUAUUAACUCGUCAUUCGAGCGAACAAGAUACGCAAAUUGUUACGUUUGAUUGCGUCAUGAUACAUUAAUUACGAAGAAAAAUACGUGUAUCGAGUAGAAGAUAAAUCGAUUCUACUUUAUUCGCUUCUUAUUACACAUUUGAGAAGGAGAAGUGACUCCUUUCUGCUUGAAAAAUGACUCGGUUAACAGGUUCAUAAUAACGACAGUAAUGACAAUGAGUAUGAGAAUGGUAAUAGUGAUGGUGAUGAUGAUGAUGAUGAUGAUGAUGACAACGAUGACGAUAAUAAUGACGACAGUAAUAAUAAUAUAACUACAUUGUCCGUUUCAAUAAAAUCUGACCGUGUAAAGACAAUUCUUUUUUAUAUCGAAUAACAGUGUAACGAUAAGACGAUCACAAUAAAUGACUCUGUAUUCUUAACAUAAACGCGAACGUUAUUUAUCUAAUAGCAGACGUUUCGUGGCUUUUCGUCGGAAACGCGUAACGAAUCGAGAUUUAUUUUUCAUAAUAAGUAUGUACAUUUACUGGUCGAUGUAUACAUCGUUUUGUAAAUGAAUACAUUUACUAGGAAUAGUAAAUAAUGUUAUAUUUAUUCGAUACUUUUACUAAAAUCUUCUUUAAAUGUAUACAUUGGCUAGUAGUUGUACACAUUUAUUAUAACAUUUUCAUUUCCACUCUUCUAUAUCGUUCCUUCCCGAUACCUCGAAUCGUCGGAAAGCGAUCUGCUCCGAUCGCGAAAUGAUUAUGAAAUUCAACGACAGAAGAAUCGUAUUUCCUACUUGAUCAGAACUCUUAAUCACUGAUAAUCAUCAGCAGCGUUUUACAUUUCGUCACGACGAUUCAGAUCACGUCCGGUCUACUUUGACUUUCGCUUCUUAAGGCAAUACUCUCUCUCUACUUCCCAUACACAGCAACGUGGUCCACAAAGAAUUUUCACGAUACGCAAUAGUUUGUACUUCGUGGACGACGUGCAAGUCGACUACUUCCAUUCGCGUCGUACAAGCGUAAUCGCAAAGAAACGAGGAUGAUCGUUCUUUUGUAAAUUACCAACGAGUCGCUCGAAUUCGAAUGAAAUGAAAAUAAGUUUCGUACGUUACACACAGUAGCUAAAUGGUCGAGACGAUUAUCGAGGGAUCUUUAAAUGCAAACGUAUCGUCGUUCGCGAUCGACGAGAUCGAAGACGUAAACUGUUCGAUCUUACCGCGUACGCGCGAUCCGUAUUAAUAGAUGUAUAUCUACGAGCACCGAUGGUUUCCUUCGAUAAAGGAACGUGUAAGGGGAUGGGACCAUCCAUCGCUCGUCUACGAGAUAUUGGAUCGCUCGUGGUUCAUGAUAGUUUGAUGCUGCUUAGUAAUUAGAGCCUAGUUCAUAUUGAUAGAGCAUAUUAGCGCUAGAUCGUUUAGAGUAUUGGGAGAAAAUUAAUGGCGAAGUUACUUUACCACGGUGUUAUUCCACCAAUGACUAGCUUUAGUAUUCUAGUAAACGGACUUUUCCUAUUAGCGCUAGUAUAUUCUACUUAUGUAGAGUAGAUCUAAACCAAGUCUUUGGUAGAGCAGCAUACUAUUAUAAUAAAGUAGUUCUACCAUUAGAUACCGUUUGUUAGAUGAGUGUAGUAGCAUUAGUAUACUUUAUCGAUAUAAACUAGGCUGUUGUGCUCCAUCAGUCACCUGUCCAAUUAUUUUCUCGAGUAAAUAAAGUUUUUUACUAGCAUUAGUAUCACUAGAAGUGCCUGUGUAAUUUAACGUAGUAGUUCGAACAUGCGAUGAAAGGUCCCUUUCCCCGACAACUUCUGUUUCGAAGAGAAGCCAUCGGCCUGGUUACAAAUAAAUAUAAUAUUCGACUCCAAUAAUCUAUCGAUACGUCGUCAUUUGCCUCAUAUGUUCACACAAAUCUGCCAUUGUAGUAUUUACAAAUAAUAAUUACUUGCACCGCUUUAGUUUUUACAUGUACAUAUUCACAUGCCUGGUACACAUUGUACGUACAAUAAAAAGAAAAAAACUUGUGCGAUCGGCGUAUGUAUACAAUAUGUAUAUAUAUAUUUAUAUAUGUAUAUAAUGUAUGUAUAUGUAUAUCGGUAUAAUCGUGGCCACGUAAAAUGGUUAUUUAAUUCGGUUAUCCAUUUGUUUCUUUCGAUCGCAUACGCGCGCACACACACAACAAUCGAUUAUAAUUACACUCACGAAUUUUCUUUUACAUUCAACACAGGUAAUAAUAGCAAAUGUUUGUUUAGUUGUUUCUUUCUUUUUUCGCGUGUUAUUGCACUGCAUGUUAAACAGAGGCAAUCAUUUUACGAGUAGCUUUCCGAACCAACAACUCUAAUUCACGACUUAAGUUGCGAGUACAAUCGCGUACAAUGAUGCGUUGCUUCGGUAGAAAAUUUGUAAAGGAAGCUCUCCCAUCACUCGUCUGACUCUUAGAGCAAAUAGUCGAGUAUACUAGUGACAGAAUUAUUUUACCAUGGCGUUAUUCCAUUGUAUUCUACAAUGACUAUUUUUAACCCUAGAUUACAUUAGUAGAGUAGGUAGUAAAAGUAUAACAGCAUUAGUAUAUUGGAAUGAUGGAAGAUGGCUAGUAGUAGAAUUACUUUACCAUAGCACUAUCCCAUUCUACCCUACCAACGAUCAGCUUUAGUAAUCAACGCUCUACCAACUUUUUACCCAACGAUAGUAACUGAACUUUCCUUAUCAAUGCUAGUAUACUCUAUCACUGUAAAUUAGGCUCUAAGUGCCUACAUUUUGCCGAGUGAGCCAAACUAGUGACGAAUGAAACCAGCCAAACCACACGUUUCCGUCUACCAAUGAAAGGCAUCAUUGUACGAAGCUGUACUGUGCCAAGCACGGUAGUCUUCGCUAAUAAAAAUGACGACGUAGGGGAAGAAGAACCUACAAUACUUGACAAUUACCACAGACUACGUUUACUUUACAUUAGACACUCGUAUUCGACAAGGAAUAAAAUUUUCUCAGGUAAAUGUGCCAAUAGAUCUUAUUCCCCUGCGUACACAUUUUCCUCGAGGAAGCCUUUCGUACACCGAUAACUGAUGUGCUGAUUCGAGGAGGACGAUGUUGCGUACACAUUGAAAAGCGUUGCUAUACCAUUGUUUUCUUGGUAAACAAUGAAUUUUUAGCAAAAGAAUAUUACUACCGAUUACGAUUCAUCGCUUACAACUUCGGUCGUUUCCACCACAACAUCGCACACAUUUGUUAGAAAUUAGGACUUUUGUUCGGAGUGAGCCAGAACUGUAGAUUUAAUAAUUUUGGAAUUCUGAUAUUUAAAACUUUGAGAAUUAGAGAAUUGGGAAAUUUUGCAAUUUCCAAUACGAAGUAUCCCGUAGCAUAAGUUCCUAUCUGGUUGCGUCAAUGCACUCUCGGCUAGAUCCUUCACUUUUCUGUUACAUCCAACGUCGCUCGAGACCAGAACGAUCGCGUUUCUCUGUCUGAAUAGACGAAACGAAACCAAGAAAGAAAAAUGAUGGUAGUGGUAGUAGUAGUAGUAAUAGUAGUAGUAGUAUAAGAAUACUCGUAACAAUACCAGUUACAUUCAUACGGCUUGCAAAUACACACGAUAACGAUGAUUCGCGUUUUUUUUUGUGCUAGGGGUAGUGAACAUUCAAAGUUUCACGGAAGUUUUGUUGAUCGACAUAGGUAACAAUAUACUCGCAGAGAACAGACUCGCUUUCUCUCGCAUCCAUUGCACUCUCUCAAUCUCUGUCAUCGGUUUCACAGUAAAAAUAACACUUCGUAAAGUUUAUAAAUACCGUUUUACAAACUAUGGCUUGUCAGUUAUGUAUAUUAGUACGACAGGUAUACAUACAUAUAUAUGUGUAUGUGUGUGUAUAUGUAUAUACGUGUAACGUGUAUAUGCGUGCGUGUGUAUAAGUGUGUGUGGGUGUAUGUGUGUGUGUGUGUGGUAUGCUCAUAACGGGCCCAUACAUUGAUAUCGGUUAUACGAGAGUACAUUUACGAUCGUGGAGAAGGAACAGGAGAAGGGGAGAUGUGGGCUCGUUAGCAUUUACGGAGUAAUCGUUAUGCAAUGUCCGGAAUUUCUAUCCUCAUCGUUUCAAUAGUCACAUCUGUUUAAUUACGAUCAGACUGGGAACAUCAUUGAAAGAAGUGAAAUACAAAAUGACCCAUGCUAACUGUAUAUAACUUUUAAAGAUGACUAUGAAAGAGGUACAAGUAGAACUCUAUUUAUCCGAACAAUAUUUUAUCGAAUACUUGGAUAAUGUAACCCCUUGCCUCAUCAUCUUCUUAGCAAUGACAUCAUGUUAGAUCUAUUCGCUAUAAUGUUAAUCCUUAACUGCUACGGUGAAAUGGGAACACUGAACAACCGAAGAAACGCUUAGCAGAACAUUCUGACGGGAAUCAUGUAAAUAAAUACUGUCAACGUAUGUAAUAGGCAAGUCGUAAGACUAUCGAGACGCAUACUUACCAUAGUAGUUAAGAAUUAAGAUAAAUUGUAAUUUCAACUAUAGUUAGAAUUUAACUUUAACACAAAUAUGAUCGAGAUUUGCCAUAUUUACACUGCAAGUUGUUACAGGCGUGACCUUAUAUUAUAGGGCAAGGGGCUGAGUGAACUUAUUGCCGACUAUGAUCAUUCUAGUUAGACGAACGCUUUAAAAAUAAAUAGUCAAACUUCUUCAACUAUGAUCAUUGCAGUUCGAACAUUUAAAUAGAUAGAGUUCUAUCGUAUGGCACCUUGAUACAGAUCUUUGAAAAAACAUAUAAAAAGAAUAAAAUAGAUGACGUUUUAGACGUACACUUUUCUGUACAUAUUGCGUAAUAAAUAAAUAAUUUUCAUUAUAAAAAGAAAAAAAAGCGAACGUGCUCGAGUUGGGAACAAGACGAUAAUAAGGAUAGUAAGACCGGAUGCCCCAAUAUAUUUACGUCAUGUUACAUAAAACCUUCUCGGAACGUGGCUUAAUUCGUAUUUCCUUAUUUUACUCGGUUUAAUUUCAUGUUAAACUCUCGUUAUCUAUUAAUUAAAAGUAGACGUUACACUGAUCGGUAACUGGCACUCGAUCCAGCGAAUACGAGAGAGGUAUGCCUGCACCAGUGACUGUCGUUACAGUUGUGUUUUCCUUUUCUUUAAUCUCGCGUAUUAAUUUGUUUGCGAAUAUAUAAUGAGAAUUCUAAUUCAUGUACCAUAUGUUCGAAACAAUUUGUACACGCGCAUAAGAAACAUCUCGCCCGCUGGAUCCAGUAUGAAAUUAAAAGAAAACGUGAACAAAGAUAUACAGUUAAGAUUCGAGAAAAAUUAAUAGGAUACUUAUCAUAUACAGGGUGUCCAAAUAGUAAAGAUACGUGAGAUAAGAAAUUCGCAACAUCGCAUGUUGGUUCAGGAUAUUUAUCCUAAAGGAGUACCGAUGACAACCGAUUAUCGAAUAAUUCAGAUCUUAAUGUCAUUGAGAAAGUAACGUCGAGGUUUACAGAGGUGAUUCUCCUCCGAAGAAGUUAGCAUUCGAAGUUUCUUAUUAAUUUUCAUUACACGCUAAUAAUAAAUUAUGGUUUCUUCGUUUCGAAAAAGUGCAUAAUAUAAGUUUACUGCAUUAUUACGUUCAUCUAUAAUUGCACACAAUUUGGAACUAGAUGUAAAGAUCUUACGUUUCAUUUGUGAAAUCCUAAUAAAAAAUAAAUCGAUUGACUUAGUUGACAAUUUUAUCACUCGAGGUAGAGAAUCACUUCUGUAAU